CAAUCAGAAUCGUUAGAAUCCAAAACGAAAACGUAAACAGAGAUCUUUUUCACUGAAAAACUUAUUCGCUAACUUAAUUAAUGUAAAACUAUAGCAAUUAAACUUAACGGAAAAGAAACGCUGUCAAAAGUUAAUGUGAUAUAGUGAUAAUAGCUUUAUAAGAUCAGAGGUUCAUUGUGCGUUUCUACAGGGGAGCACAAAGUUGAAAAGUACUAGUCCAAAAUGAUCGAUCCAAAUGUAAUAGAAAUAAACGAAAUCAAAGGAUUUGUUACUUUCUUGCAGAGCAUUGACUGGUACGAUCCUUGGCUUAUCGGAUUAAUAGCGUUCCAUAUUUGCAUUACAUCGACUGCAUUGUUGACUCGGAAUUGUGGCAAUUUUCAAGUCUUCCUAUUUUUAGUUUUGUUAUUAAUGGUCUAUUUUUCCGAAAGCAUUAAUGAAUAUGCUGCCGUAAAUUGGAGGAUCUUUUCAAAACAGCAGUAUUUUGAUGACAAAGGCUUAUUCAUAUCAAUAGUAUUCUCCGUGCCGAUAUUGCUCAACUGUAUGCUGAUGGUGGGAAGCUGGUUGUAUCAAUCCACUCAGUUGAUGGCCCGCCUUAAAACAGCGCAAUUGAGACAGCAAAUACGCCAGUCCAACAGUCGUCAUAGGAUAAAAGAAGAUAAAGAUGAAUGAAAAAAUGUUUCACCCUACUUGAUACAAAAUAUGAAAUCGUGUCGAUGUAUUUUAGGACCUAAGCAAUGAAAUUUGUACAGAAAAUCUUUGAAAAA